UCGAGCGCGGUCUGCCCCACGACAAGUUGCUCUUACUCGCGGGUCCCGAAACGGCAAGAGCGGGGCCUCACCCGCACAUUCCGCGAGCAAUCUGUGUCACGGGCGGAAAAGUGCCUCGUCGACGAAUUCACCAGCUUCGUCCCUUCUUCGACGGAUCGCGACGACCGAAAACGCAAAACGCCGAGAGAGACGAUGGAAGCCGUGUAAAAUAAACGUGUUUGUAAAAGGCGACCUCUUGAACGCGUAUGUUACCAAGGGAUGAUAGUUUGGGCCUCAAAAAGCGUCCGAGAAACAUGAUAAAUACUUGAAAUAUUUCCAAGCUCCUAAUAACGCCUUUUAGUUUCUCGGUUUUUAUUCCUCGAAGCUGUUACGUCGUUCUAACGAUUAGAUAAACGUUAAACAUGGUCUGAGAUUUUCUAAAGUGCCUCUCAGAUAAUUCUUGUUGUCCGAUACUCUUUUUCACUAUUCCUCGCUUAGUGAAUUUAUUCGAAUGCGUUUUCUCCAAGAAUACUGGUACAAGUUUCGUUUUCCUCAGCUUCACGAUUGAUCGCGGUCUACAGUUCUCGCAUUAACUCGCGACGAUUUUAAUUCCCAGGAAUUAGAUUAAUACACGCGAUUACCGUCCGAUAUUGCGAGCCACGCUCCGGUUUCCUGAAACUUAGACGCGAGCGGAAACUACGAAGGACGAAGCGAGACGGAGGAGAAGGAGCGUUCGCGAAAAUAUUCCGCGCUGUUAUCGCGGGGUAACAGGAGUGGUUACUCAGCCGCACCGUUCGCCAGAGAAAAACAGUGUCACCCAGUAGCUCCUGGCCGCUCUAGAUCGUGCAUUAACGCGUCAUUAAGAGCCCGCCGUCCCUCCUCUCCUGUGUCACGACCUCCCUCCCCCUCUGCGAUCAUGAUUGUAUACAUCUUCCCGCUCAGUUGAUGACGAGCUCGCUGGUGCGAAGAGGUCGUUCGAUUUUUUUCUUCUCUCGCAGAUCGUCGAGGAUACGAGAAUUUCAAGUCGCGCAUUCACGUACGCGUAUGACAAGUGAGAAUUAGAGAGGAUUAGCAUUGAGUGGCACUAAUAUACGAGGUAAUACACCCGUUGACAACGGUAAUAAGCGGUGAGAAAAACAACUUGUAGUACGAUAUCGCGUCGUCGCACUCCUGGAUUUUCGUCUUCGGAGCAAGACCAGUAAACAAAGAAGAGAAGAACUGAGUGCGGGCCGUGAGCAACGUGAGUGAGUCAUCGGCGAAGGCUCGACUCCGAGAAUGAGGUACUUCGCGCGCCUGCUGGCACUGGCUGUGCUGGCCGCGGCAGCCUUCGCCGCGAUCAAGAAUGACGCGUCGCCGAUCGACGUGGUCAGGGCGACUCUGCUGAGCCUGGAGAAGGAGCUGAGGGACGACCUGGCCAACCAGCAGAAAUGGGCGAACGUCGAGGCGCGAGAGAAGUACUUGUACCUGAUCAAGGCGUACAAGAGAUUCGGCAACCACGUGGACAGCAAGUUCCCCCUGGAUCGGGAGGACCAUCUCAAGUCCCUGGACUCCCUGUGGCUGUGGGCCCGGGCCCAGACCGAGCUCCGCGGCAUCGACGGCCUGUACGGGGUGUUCCGGCAGAUGCAGCGCGAGAUUGUCGAGCUGAACGCGCCGGUCAACGCGAAUCAGCUCAAGAACUUCGCCGAGACGAUAAUACGGGACCCGAACGCCGCGAUCCCGAGGGCUCUCGACCGUGUCGCGACUCUGAUCGUCAACGAGAGGUUGUUCAUCGCGGCUGCUAAGGAAGUGUCGGACCAAAUGUGCAAUGACAUGCAAUCGCCGCAGCAACUGCUGUACAAUUUGUAUAAUGCCGUGGCGCUGACGGAGAUCAAGGGUUACGCUAUGAUUCAAUUCUCAUACAUGCUAUUACGUCUGUUCAACGAAGGCGUUAACUUCAGCGAGGAGAUACAGACGUUGAAACAGCAAUACGCGAUAAGAACGUCCGAGACGUUGCGAGCCGUGAAAACCGCAAUGGCAUUCGCGCCGAGGAGUCUUUGGAGAUGCGAUCCGAGGGUGCACAAGUUAGAUGAAACCUAUACCGAGCUGAAACAGCUGUUCCAAGGAAUUAUCGUGAACGAGGUGGACUUAAAUCCCCAAGCCUCGUGCAAGGAAAACUGCGCUUAUUAUGCAUACACUCAAACGUACGGUUGCUACCAGAAUCAGUUUUGCUCGAAGCAACGCCAAUGUAAAGGCAAGAUACUGAAUUGCGAGUACAUUGAUUCCGACAUGUGGGUCUGCCCCUCGGACCAAAACAGUAGCAGGCGAUACGACUACAUCGAGUACGAGAAUGGUUUUCAUUAUGGAAACUCAAAGUCAUGUGCCAGAGACACUACCAAAGUCGACAGCUGGUGGCGAUGGCUCUUCUGGCAUUGCAGCUACUGCUUUUGCUACUGCGACGACCAAAAUUCAAGUUCCGACCGAUAUUUCAGUCUCCGAUCCGUGAUGUCCGAUAUCUCGCAAAACAAAAUCAUAACAGGAGUGAGAAUGAAGAAGAUAAAUCGAGUUAUCCAUAUACAAAUUCAAGAGGGUCAAUUACUUUCACGUGGGGCGAUUAAUCCAUCCACGGUCGAGUGGCAACCGGUCGACGCCUUUUCAAUCAUGGACCCUCACAUUAAAAGCGGCAUCGACUACCAUACGAUGGUAUGGGAAAAACGCGCCUUGGACCUCGACAAUCUGUUGUCGUUGCAAGAUCAUGUCGUAACAGGUGUUCGGUUCCGAAUGGUUGGUAGCCGCCUAAAUUUGGAAAUAAUGAUAUCCCCGUUCAAUUACACGUCCGGAGUGUUGGUUCAUCCCGAGGAAAAGAGCUUCUGGCAUAGCAAUGACGUUACCAACAGAACCGAGCUGAAGUACGACGAGCCCGACAUACCGAUUCGCAGUUCCGCCCCCAAUAAACCGGACUCCGCGGAGAAUCAGUAUUUGAACUUCGCACCGAGCGAUCGGCGGAAGGACGCUGGACAAAGUACGAUUCCCUUCCUCGACCUUCAGCCGAUCACACCGAAUCCGCCGGUGCCGCUCGCGGGCGUGGGUAUCUUUCACAAGGGUCGCAAGGGCUCAGGCGGGUUCGUCGCCUUGAAAUUGACUACCUACGACUUCGCGCCGCACCUGCAGGUCGACCUACCACCGGCACCGCCAGUCCUCGAAGCCCCGAACGAGAUACAACACGUUCCCGCUAGUUAGACCCUUCGAUCAUCCGGCACGUCCAUCCAUUAAUCCGGCACUAUCCGAAUUUCCCAAUGGACCGGAUUAACGAGAUUAUACAGUAAAAGCCACGUAGAAUCCUUCGUGUAUUUCAAUACUUUAUCGAAUUAACGAUUAAAGAACCUGUGAUUUGCCAAGGAACCUCAAUAUACGUGUCGAGGUGAAAAUGAAGAUAUGUAUCGAGUUAUUGCAUACGAAAUGUUGACUUCCGAGUGUUUCAGGAAAACUCAAAGUUCUUGACUUCAGCACGAGGCGAAAAAAAUAGACGUUGGGAUUUAACAUUCGGGAUACGAAAUGUUUUUUUUUACUUUAAUCCUUUUCAUUCCUAGAUUCCACUUUACAUUCGACCACGAAGUGCGAUUACGAAAGCGAUCAUUUCGAGUAGUUUUUUCCAACUGCGUGUAUUUUGUCUCUCUGGAAAUUGACUUGAAAAUGCAGAAUCUCUGAUGUCAAAUUAAUGUAAGAUCUGACGUGAGAUCGACAUUUCUUAUGCAAUUAGCAAUAAUCAUAUUUAAGUCCUCAACUACUCUUUGUAUUACAUAGUUUUUAAAUAAUAUUACGUAUAGUUUUUAUAAUUAAAUCUGUUAUACUCAUUAAUAAAUCCGCCGAUGUAUCGUUAACCAAAUCAUCAACUGGUAACUUACGUCGCGGAUCUUAAAAGAUUUUAUUUCAAAAUGUAAAACGAUCGAUCUAGAGCGAAGUAUUAAAAAAAAUGAAUUUUUUAUUUUUAAAACUUAAUCCAAUGUAAUUAAAAUUAAUAAUCCAUAACCCACUAUAUACUUUAUAUACCAAUCUAAAAUGCAAUAUUUUCUAUUUCGGAAAGAUUUCUAUCAAAAGACUUUGUGAAUCAACGGGUCUCAUAUAAACAUGAAAUGUAUAAAUCAAGUUCUAAGAUGUAAAUUUGGGUUUUCCAAUCUAAAUAACAUAAUUCUCUUUAUCUCUCAGUAACGUUAGUGAAAAUGUUUUAAGAGUUACGAUAUCUUUAACGAAUCUCUCAUACUGAAUUUAGAAAUACGUAGAUAAAUAUUUGUGAUGGCAAACUGCUGCCGUUUACUUUGCGGUUCGAUUUGGUUACCGUUAAAAUAUCCGGUAUAUAACAGAUUUAAGAGAUUCCGAAAGAUUAGAAUGUAAGAAAAUAAUUCAUAUUAUUUUAGGUUUAACAUCAGAAGAGAGUGCGAUGAUUUUUUUUUAAUCAUGUUGCGGUUUCACGUAAAAUGAUAUAAACUUUCAGAUUUAGUUUAUAAUUUCGUAUUAAAUAUUGUUUAGAAUUUACGUAGCUGAGUUUAUAAUAUUUUUAUACGUAACAUUGUACGUCGAUCAAUUUUUUUCUUCAGUUUUCCUUACGCAACAAUAAAUGUGCAUGCUUUUUUAAAAUAAAUUGUCAUAAUGACAAA